CAUUUAUUGAGGAUGUCAACGGUCAAAGCACCGAUUGUUAAGGAAGCUGACGUCUCAGCUGACAAGUCCAUCUGGCAAGAUGGAGAAGAGAGUCUUGAUGAAGAGGUGUUGCGGAUGAGUGUAGAUGAGCUGACUAGUAGAACUCGUCUACUAGAAAGUGAUAUCAAGAUCAUGAAGAGUGAAGUCAUGAGGAUAGGCCACGAACAGCAAGCUAUGAAGGAGAAAAUCAAGGAAAACGCUGAGAAGAUUAAAGUUAACAAAACUCUCCCUUAUCUUGUCUCUAAUGUCAUUGAGAUUCUUGAUGUGGAUCCACAGGCUGAAGAGGAUGGAGCAAAUGUAGAUCUGGACUCACAGAGGAAAGGAAAAUGUGCUGUUAUAAAAACUUCCACCAGACAAACUUACUUCCUCCCUGUUAUUGGUUUGGUGGACGCUGAGAAGCUAGAACCUGGAGACCUUGUUGGAGUUAACAAAGACUCUUAUCUAAUCUUGGAUACUCUGCCCCCAGAGUAUGAUUCCCGUGUAAAAGCGAUGGAAGUAGACGAGAGGCCCACGGAACAGUACUCAGAUAUUGGAGGUCUAGAUAAACAGAUCCAGGAGCUGAUUGAGGCUGUGGUACUGCCCAUGACUCAUAAGGAGAGGUUUGAGAACCUGGGUAUUUCUCCUCCAAAGGGGGUCCUUCUGUUCGGACCUCCAGGAACCGGGAAGACCCUUUUAGCUCGAGCUUGUGCCGCUCAAACUAAAUCUACUUUCCUCAAACUUGCUGGACCUCAACUCGUACAGAUGUUCAUCGGAGAUGGUGCUAAGUUGGUUAGGGACGCUUUUGCUUUGGCUAAAGAAAAAACACCUGCAAUUAUCUUUAUAGAUGAAUUGGAUGCUAUUGGUACUAAACGGUUCGAUUCUGAGAAGGCUGGAGACAGGGAGGUACAGCGUACCAUGUUGGAGCUGUUGAACCAGUUGGAUGGGUUCAGCUCUCACCACGACAUCAAGGUGAUAGCAGCUACUAACCGUGUGGAUAUUCUGGACCCUGCCCUGCUGCGUUCUGGACGUCUCGAUCGUAAGAUAGAGUUCCCUCACCCCAACGAAGAUGCACGUGCACGUAUUAUGCAGAUUCACUCCAGGAAGAUGAACGUCAGCUCAGAGGUAAAUUUCGAUGAGCUGGCUCGUUGUACAGAUGAUUUCAACGGUGCGCAGUGUAAAGCAGUUUGUGUCGAGGCUGGAAUGAUAGCGCUGCGCCGCAGUGGUUCUGAGCUGCAGCAUGAGGACUACAUGGACGGAAUUUUGGAGGUUCAGUCCAAGAAGAAGACAAGCCUGAUGUAUUACGCGUAGAUUGGCUGUGAUUCAGCAGGAGUUAUGUCACGUGAUUAAGCCUUGUGUUUGUCACGUGCGUUAUAAAACUCGGUUGAACCAUGUUUAAAUUUGGGACUUCGCUACUUCAGAUCACUAUAUUAGUUUGGUAAGAUUUACUGUGGCCCUCAAUAGCUUUAUCUGUUUAUAUGUACGUACGUCCUAGCGUAGUGGCAUAUUCGCUUCUUUCAGAAAGUUGUUAAAUUUGUGCUAAAAUUUUGUGCCAGUAUCAAGAGGGGAACUCAUUUUGCUAGACUGGUUCUAGUUGUGGAGGUAGCGUCAUUAUGACGUUAUUUAUCUAACGUUAUAUUAAGUUAAUUAAAAUGGCCUGCUAGUGAUAUUGUAUUUGAAUUGAUAUAAUAGCGACUGUUGUAUAUAUUUGACUUCUACAAAAUUUAAA